GAGUUCCUCGGGCGAAAGAGACGUUCGGCCGCGUCGAGAAAUUCGCGGAGAGACACAACAGAGAAACAGCAGCAGCAGUAGCAGCCGCCGAACCGAAGUGGGGAUCGAGUGCAGCCAUUUUCUAUUUUUGCAUAUAGCACUGCGAGAGUGAGAGCCCAGUGUCGUGCGUGUGUGUAUACGGGUUUGUUUUUUUCUCCGAUUGCGUGCUAGAGUGGAGGAUCGAUGGACUGACGAAGACGAGAACGAGGACGACAACGACCGAUCCUGGCUGGAAAGCUCUCUCUCUCCCUCUCUCUCUUUCUCUCUCUCUCUCUCGUGCGACAUGAGAUGAUCGUUCGGCGAAACACGACGGAGGAAUCGCGCGAUCGCAAAACCCAUCCGUUUACGCAGCUUGGCGUGUAAACUCUCUCUUCGAGAUAUAUAAACCCGUAUAAACACAUUCUCUCUUUUCUUCCUUUCUUUCUCUCUCUUCUCUCCAGGUCUCUCUCCUCUCUUUCCACCCUUCUCUCCCCCUCUCCCUUCUCCUAUCUCUACACACCAUUCGUUCAUCUCUCCGAAAACAGCGAGAAGUACACAUCGCCGAGCUGCGAAAAGAGACGUCAGAUAGAAAGGAAAACCAGUCUGUGAUAUUAAUCAGUACUAAGCAAUAUAUAUAACCUAUAUAUAUAUAUAUAUACAAAACUAUAGAGGUGUAAAUUCUCGUGUACGUAUAUAAGGUGUGUUCGUGUGUGUGCGUGUGUGAUCGCGCGCGAAUCUGUGUAAGUUCAUAUAUACAUAUAUAUAUAUAGAUAUAUAUGUGUGUAUGUGCAUCGCCGCUCGUGUAGUACGAGAGAGGCGUAGAUAAGGAUCGCGUCGAGGAAGGAUUCGUCCCGGAGGAGGGAAAACUCGUCCGACCGAGGAAGGACGGAACGCGCAGGACAUCCUCUCCUGGAGAUCGAGGCCGACGUCGUGCUCAGCGGCGCGAUGUCCGUCGAGUCCGUGACAAGUGACAAGCAACCGCCAACGACGACGACGCCGACGACGACGACCGCGAUGACGACGACGACGACGGCGGCGGCAGCGGUGACGUCGUCGUCGUCGGCAACCGCGACCGCCAAGAAGGAAGAAGGGGAUGAAGCCAUUAUAUCGAUGUCUGUGGCCGGGGAGGUAACUGACGCUUCGAUCAUGGAAGUAGGCCGUUCUAGACCUCAGUUUCAAUAUUCUCGGGAUGAACUGAUGGUGAUAAAAGACAUGCGAUUAUCCAAACGGAGGCCUGCGGUCCUAGACAAUGCUUAUAACAACUCACGAGGUGUUUGGGAUCCCGAACGUUGGCAUUCGGAUAGAAAGCGUAGCGAUACACCCCCGAAGGAAGAAAGGACCGGACGUAGUGAUCAAAUCACUGAGAAUCAUAGUAAGCGACGUAGUAAUGGCGAUCCACGGGACCGAAUACGUAAGGAGCAAGACGGCAUUGUUUUGAGCCCUCAACGAAGAAGUUUUAAUUCGGGAUGUUACGUUAAUGUCAAUCAGCCACCAAAUCGGCGUCCAGAAAGUCCGAUCGGCAAAACGGAGGUCAGCCAUCGUGAACCUGUUCGCCGAAUCGGUAGCGGCAGGAUUCUGGCGCGAGAUAUAUGGGAUUUUAGAUCGGAGAAUGAAAAGAUCGAAUCCGAGCGCGCGGAUUAUGGUUUUAGAUCGGGCACGGCAGCUGGCGGUCCUCUGCGUGAUCGUGACAACAGAGAUAAUCGCGAUGGGAAGGAGCGUGACAGGGAGCGCGACAUGCGAGAGAGGGAGCGCGAUCGGGACAGUCUGCGCGAGCGGGACGAGAGAUUCGAACGGAGAUCCUUCGGUCGGGAUUACGGCGAUCGCGGCGAGAGAGAGCGCGAUCGCGGAGACAGAGGAGGAUCGGAGCGAAACAACGAGCGGAAUAGCCAUCAGACAGAUCGCGACAAAGAUCGCGGCCGCGAGAAGAGAUUCAGCAACGACCGUCGACGGACUUAUAGUGACAAUCGCGAUUCAAUGGACGAGCCCGAAUGGUUCAGCUCGGGACCCACGUCUCAGCACGACACGAUUGAGUUAAGGGGCUUCGAGGAUAUUCCGGAGGAGAAGGCUGUGAGCAACAGUGGUAGUUCCAAGAACAAGAAACAGACUCCCGCGCAGAAGAAGCGAAACAAGAAGAAUGCUGUGGAGAAAGACGACAAGCCGAACGAAAACUCGGCGGGUCCUAAAGGACGUAGCACUCCGACUGUCAUGGAUCAACCUCUAAAUGCUGUGCCGGCGCCGCAUUCUCCGAUUUCGGAACAGACCGAGCAAUCUUCCAGCAUUCAGAGUAAAGAAAAUGACAUCAGCGAGAGUACCGUGACCGAUCCGACAACAUCCGAGUCGACAGAGAAUUCUAGCGCUAAUCAGAAUCAAGAGGACUCGCAUCCCGAUUUUAAUCUGGAUGAUUUCCUGAAAGCUGAAACGUUCCCUGGCGUAUCUGGACUGUUGACAAACGGAGUUGGUACGAAUAGUGGCACUGGUUCUCGAUUUAGUCAAUGGUUUAAGAGGGAAAGUCCAAUUCAGCAGGCGGAUAGUCGUAGGGCUUCCAUACAAGACGAACUGCUGAACAAUUUAUUGAACGACAUCAACGAGCCAAAUAUUCAAAUACCAUCGGUGACGGAAUCAAAUGCCUACUUUGCUCCCAUUUCUCCAGCUAACACGACAAAUAAUGCUAACUCUGCUACAAAUGGCGUAAAGUUACUCGAAAUGUUGCAUCGCGGUAAUAAACCGAGUCAAAAUGGUCAGGGUGACGCAUCUAAUACAGCUAUCUCUAUGAAAAACUGUUCUAUUAAGGAUUUGGAAAUUGGUGGGAAAGUGCACAGUUUGGAAGAAUUGGAAGCACGCAUGCGGGGUGGUGCUCCUCCACCUGCGACUUCGACUGAUACACCCCAUGUAAAUAAGACUGAAGAAGAUCUCUCCGCUUUUAAAAAAUUGCUUGCUCAAAUGAAUGGAGGACAAGCUGUGCCUGCAGCUAACGGACCUAUCACACAAAAGCAACCUGUAACAUUAAUGCAACUACUUAAUUCGCAAUUAAAAACACAGCAGCAGCCGUCAAUACCGCAUCAGCAGCCAUCUACAGAACCGAUCCAUACUACGACGUUUAAUCAUGUUGGUCCCCUUGGCCCUGCUCAGCAUCCGCAUCAGGCUCAAAUGCAACACGAGAAUCUGAUGAAAGUCUUGCAAAUACAACAGCAGCAACAACAGCAGCAGCAACAGCAAAAACAACGACAUUCCGAUAUGUUGUCAAUGAUGAUGGGUAAUCAGCGCAUGCUAGGUGUCAGUCCGGUACCGGCGGAGAUGCAGAUGAUGAUUAAUAACAUCCCGUCAAGCCAAGAACUCUUACAACGACCAGAAGCUCAAGCGAUUAUUCAGGGUCUGCAGCAAGGGGAGAUCACCAGACAACAUCUGAUGCAACAGCUGCAGAAUCCCGCUAUGCAGCAUCGCCAUCGAGAAAUGCUGGUGAAUAUUCUGAAAAUGUACGGCGGUACCACGCCUCGUACCAUAAGUCCACAUCCUCAUCCGGCUCCUCCUACUCAUCAGGAUCAUAUGUUGCAACAGAUGUUGUAUCAACAGCAACAACAGAGGAUUCCGUCUCCGAUGAGUAACGCUUAUUGUCCACCUCCGAUAAUAUCGUCAAAUUUACCAGCUAGUCCUAGUACUUUAACAGUACAGCAUCCAGUGAUACCGCACAGAGUACCGUCACCACGGGAGAUUGUUAUGCACACACAAUCUAUAAUGCAAAGUGCUUUGAUCAAGAAAAAAUUGGAGGAGCAGCGUGAGAAUUUCCGUAAGCGGCAGGAUCAACAGCAACAGCAGCAACAAGUACAGCAGCAACAGCAACUGCGCGCGUCGAGUCCUGUUAUUAAUUCACCAGCUAAGCAAACAGCGAGUCCACUCGCUUUCACUCCAACCUCCGUUUUACGUAAAAUGACUGCUGACAAGGAACCCGACGGUAACGGCAGCGACCCGUCAAAAUUAUCCACACAAACUCAGGCUUCGCAGAUGCAACAAAUGCAAUCGGCGGUUCAGUUACUUACACAAGGAGCUCUUUCGAGACAUACUGCGUUACGACCACAAUCCGUUCCAUCGACAUGGUCGAAUUCGUCACAGCUUAAACAGCAUCCAGGUCGACCUAUAGUGAAAGGUGGUAACAAUGGAAACACGAGCAGCAAUCAAUUCCAAUACAAUACGGCGAAUGUGGAAUUCCAACAGCAUCAGCAUAGAACGGUCGCGAAUGUGUACGGCAAUCCAGCCCGAUCCAAACAUACAAUGACUACUUCGUUGCCGCAUCACAACGUUCCACAAUAUAACCCGGUGGUUCAGAACUCGAUCAUAAAUCCAAGAUCAAAUCCUAUAAAUACCCAGAUGAAGGCUCAGCAAGUUCCUGCGCAUCUCGCCAGCAUGCAACAGUCACCGCACGGAACUGCUAGCAUUCAGCAACAACAACCACCGCAGCAACGAACUGUAAAUACACCGAUGCAACUUGUCAUGAACCAAAACUACAAUUCCAACCGUACAGAUGGACGAGCGAUGCGAUCGCAACAACUAAAUAUGACAGUCGGCCGUCAACCUUCACCGGGCCUCGGAUUCGUGGGUAGCAAUGGAGGUGACCUUUCGCCAACGUCUAAUCAACUUGCACGAUGGUUCAGCCCGGAACUCCUCGCUCAAGCUCGGGCCGGUAAGCUACCAGAACUCGGCCAGACGAACGUCCUGUCAUUGGAAGAGCUUGAGAGACUUCAACACGCAUCAACCAUAGUGCAUAACUAAAGUGAUAUACUAUUAUAUAUUCGUAUUCGGAUUAUGUUUCAAUUUUGCAAGCGCAUCGAUAACAAUAUUAUCUACUGGUCGAUCAACCGGUAUUCCUCGUGAUAUAGAUCUUUAUGUCCGAAAUACCUUCGAUGCAUGGAUGCUGAAUACAGACGCCAUUAAAUUACAGGAACGGUAUGUUCGCCUACAUAGAUCUUUUUAUCAAAUCUUCGUAUUUCGACAGAUUUUAUCUCUUUUUUUCAUGUUUAGAAAGUUCACUUUUGCGUUCUUCGAAAUGCGACCCGCUUCAUUUUCAACAUUACACUAUCCUGUACAUUUGUAAUUUCUAAAUAACUUUUCGCGAAACUUGGAAAAGUGAGUCUUUCUCUUUUUUAAAUCUUCAAAAAGAGAAGUACCGUCCAACCGAGUCUAAUUGACUAUUUCUAACCGAAAUACAUGACACUUUACAUGACAUUAAUUCGAUAAACUCUGUCAUCGAUAAAUAUAGAUUUGAUAAAAAGAUACACCGUUCCUAUAAUUUAACAGCGUCUGUAUUCAGCAUCCGUACAUCGAAGGUAUUUUGGACGUAAAGAUUUGUAUCGCGAGGAAUAUAAGAGGACUAUAAGAAUCCUUUUUUCUUCGUCGAAAAGGAUUGCUGACAUCAUUUGCGGAAUCACUUUCCAAGUUUCGCAAAAAGUUAUUUAGAAAUUACAAAUGUACAUAUAAUGUUGAAAAUGAAGCGAGUCGCGUUUCGAAGGACGCGAAAGUGAACAGCUUUCUAAAAAUGAAAACGAUGUAUUGCUUAUAAGACUGAAAAAAAUGUGAAAAUUCUUAUUGUUGAUUAUGACAAGCUGUUUAGAGCUUCAUACGCGUACUUUUUAAAAAUGACAGCAUAAAAUCACCAUAAAAUCUAUUUGCCUAACAAGGAAUGUUCAGCAAAUUUAAAAAAAUCUGAAACUUGGCAUAAUUUUAAGGUAAUGGGUCAUAAUGAAACCAUUUUUGUGAUGCUAAAAAACGAGUUUAGGGGUGCAAUCAACCGAUUUUCUAGUGGUUGGUUGUAAGAACUUACAGAAAAGGAAAAAAUGAUAAGUCGUUAUGAAACAAAGAAGUGAAGAUAUAAGUGUAAUAGGCAGGUAGUUUGCGUCUUUAUUUAGGAUUUAGGGGUGCAACCGAUUUUCUAGCGGUUGGUCGCGAGAACUUAAAGAAAAGGAAAAAAAGAUACCAUUAUGAAACAGCGAACAAAUAAGUGUAUAGUACACGUGUGCGUCUUUAUUUUAUUUCUCAAAAAAACCCGUUUUUAGCACUAACAAAAAAUGGUUUCGUUAUUAAGACCUAUACCCUAAAAUUAUGCCAAGUUUCAGAUUUUUUUUUGAAUUUUCUAUUUGCCGAAGGUUUCUUGUAAGAUAGGACUGCAAGUUUCUUUUACGUGUCGUUGGUCGAGAUUCUGACAAUUAUUUAGCGAUUUAAGCAAUUUAUACAUGUCUUCAUUCAGAGCAUAAUUUUCAUUACUCUUAUUUUCUCAUUGAUGAUUAUAACAUAUAAGGAUGUAUCAUGACAGUAUUUUGCAAUGAUUCAUGAGUACUAAAAGCACUGUUGCGCACAUUGAGAUUAUGUUCCUUAAAUACGAGACAAAAGAAUAUUUUUACUACUGUCAGCCAAAUAUAAAGAUAUAUCUACAUACUCUAUAUAUAUAUAUAUAUAAUGCAACAAAAACUCGGCGUUGUCGUCAACAGGAAUAUAUGAUUGUAUGAUUUAAAUAGUCGAUACGUUUAUAAUCUAGUGUCGUUUAUAGAAUACGUCGCUUAUUUACAAUGGGACUUGCAAAAUCCUUUAGGCAAAUAAUACGCGGACCUCUUGAAUUCGUGAGAAUUGCAGGCUAUCAUCCGAUUACUUAGACAGAGAGUGAUGGUUUGAACAUUUAAUAUUCUAUUUGUAUUGCUGCAAACCAUACAACUUUAUCAACACGAAAAGCAUACGAGAUAACACAUGACGAAGACACAUGACGUCACAUACUUAUAUUAUAAAACUAAAUAUAUAUAAUAUAUACUUCUCUCUCGUAGAAGAACGCGUGAGAGUGCGGUAUCAUUAUUCUGAUCGAAAGUGGUAGAUAGACUGAAAUAUCUCUGAAUAAAAAAUCUCGGGAGAUAUAUAGAAGAAUUGUUCGCAGAAUUAAUUAAAAAAAAAAACGAGAAUACAUUCCACCAGUCAAUAGAGAAUCUAUUCAAACGAGAUUUCCUUUUACGAAUUUCGAUUGAUAUCAAUACUGUUGCUAAUAUGUGUUUGCUUUUGAUUUAAUUGCUUACACCUCGUCGUACGCAAGAUUAUAAUUUUUAUAUGAUUACAAAAGAGAGAAUUGGGCUUAAAAACUAUAACGCUAUCAAAAGUUUAUUUUUUCUUUUAUAUUUCGAAAGGAUAGCGUCAUAUUACUAUUCUACUACAUAUGUACCUUAGAGUCUCAUCAUGCGCGCAUAAUUGCAUUUUUCUCUCCUGAUAGUUUAUUAAGCAUACAAUUAUACUUUUAAGAAUUUAUAUCUCAAAAGGCAAAAUAUCUUGCAAAAAAAUUAGAUAUCGAAAAAUAGUAUUUAUCUAUAUUCUUUUUUAUUAAUUACAUUUAUAUAAACUAGUUACACACAUUUUAAUUUAUGACUAUUCGUUACAUUCAUAUUUUACUUGCAUACGAUAAUUCUUUUUUUAGAAUCGCAUAUAAUUGUAUAUGGAAUCAUAUAAGAAACGCGAAAUAAAUUUACGUAAUAUAUUUGAAAA